UAUAUAUGGAUGAUUCUAUAUUAGUGGACUUAAAAAUCAGGAUUAUGAACCACUUGCUAACUGGGAUGAUCCCCAAGUUUUAUGGUUCCGAUGGACUUGCGAUGUAGUUGUAUGUGAUCGUUUUUUUCUUCCAGGGUGACAUCUCAGUUUCAAGCGUUGAGGCAUUUGAUGAGAUGAACACAAAACAUUGCAAUUUUGUUGGUUCUAGUGCCCUCUAUGCACAUUAUGCAUCCGGAACCUCGAAUUCAAAAUUGCCAUCCAUUGUUAUCCUGUGUUUUUUACCUUAACUGUCCACAUUUUCCUGGCACUUCCACAUGGAAUCCACGACCUGGCAGAUCUGGUUCCCAGGUUUGCUUCGCUGAGCAUUUGGCCAGCCAGCCGCUAGAACCGCUACAAAAGACGAAAACUGCGACACUUGCACAGGCCCCGAAAAAGCCGCUGCCACCAGUGGCUGGAUCAAAAGUGGUACGUCCCAGUGCCGUUCCCAAGGUAAAGACCCUGGCACGGCCACCGCGACCCCCAGCACGUGCCAAGGCAACUCCAGGUCGCAAAGCAAGCGACAUGAGUGAGAUCUCCACGACCGCGCCAUCAACACCGCGGAGCUCAGGUCGGGCUGUGCCUGUCACCAUUUUACAACCACGACCUCGUCGAAGGGCUCGAGAAGAAUCCAGCAGCAGUAGCAGUGAGUUGUCAAGUGGCUGGACCAGCGACAGUGAGUAGCGGCCACCUGUCCCAUGCGGCGAAGAAAAAGGCCACAGGUUCUUCGCUCGCCACUGAAUGUGAAGCCUGUCCGGCUGGAAGGGAGCAAGGUGAAAUACUCGGAAGAUGUCGUUUGGGGUCCGUACCGCGAAAAGAGCGCCGAGUCCUCCACCUCGGGAUCGGGAAGCUGUACGGACUGUCGCUUUGACGGCCCUGUCGGGACCAAUGCCGUGUCGGAGGGCCAGUCGGCCUGUACCGAGUGCCCCGCCACCAACGAGACGGGCUCCAUCGGCUGUUGCCCUGGGAACUCAGAGCAAUGGCCGUUGAGCCGUGGCUUCUCGAUGAGCUUACCCCCUGGCAAAAGUGCCAGUGUGAUGCAUGUGCUGAGCAAUUGUCAGGACAAGGUAGAUCCUUUGUCUGCAGAGCUGGCGGAGCUGGUCAUCAGCGACGAGCGACACUUCGAAGCGAAUCCCUUGAGCUUGGCGACGAUUCGCCCUGCAGGUUCGCUGUGGGGACAAGGCUGCGGCUUCAACCAAAGUGAUUUGGUGGCAGUGGUGCUGGAAGGCUUGGAUGGCGCGGAUAUGAGCGGAGGGAACUGCAUGGGUACUGGCUACGGUGAUGGCAGUUAUUGGGGUGGCAAUGGCUGCUAUGCAGGCACUGCCUACGGCAGCGGUAGCAACUCGGACCAUCGUCAACCCUGUGAUUCGCAUCGUGCCACGGCUCCCUGUGGACUGGAACUGGCUGUGGCAGCGACGGUGGCAAUCUUCACGGUGUCAAUGGCAGCUUUGGGGGAUGCCAAGUCAACAGCUAUGACGUCUACAGUGAAAGAAGUGAGGCGCAGCCUGGAACUGGUGCCUCUGGCAGCUGGCCUGGCGAUGGCAGUUCUGGAAGCAGUUAUGGCAACCAACGCUCCUGGGGUAAAAGUGGCAAAGUGGGCCAUCGGCGCAAAUUGUUCAGGCUAUGUAAUAGACGAAGCAGACGCGGUGAAUGAAGGAGACGAUGUCAAUGCUGAAACUGGCCUCGGUGCUGACACUUGGGGGACUGCGACAGCCAGCGGAAGGAAAGGACGGCCCCAGGAAAACCCGGAGAACAAGAAAUCGAACUCGGGUUUUGCGUGCUACGCCAAGUUUCUGGUGCCAGAUCAUGUUGCUGGCGCUUUGAUCGGAAAGUCGGGCAUUAUGGUGGGAGAGAUUGAAUUGGUGUCAAAGUGUAGCCUGCAACUUUCAGGUCCCAAGAAAUAUUUUCCCGGUACCGUCGAGCGAAUUUGCAUCGUUGGUGGGCAAUGCGUCCAAGAUUUGAACAUUGCAAUGAUGAAAAUCGUCGAUUUGUUCAAGAAGGUUCAGCAGAAUACCAACGCCAAGAACACGGAAGUAGCGAAGUUAGUUGUGAAGUUUGUCAUCCCAAAGUCUGCAGCGAGCAUGAUUCUGGGCCCCCGUGGAGCGACCAUUCAGCAAUUGACAAAUGACACAGGCUGCCGGAUCAACAUGAGUCAUCGAAUCGAUGGCUUUCAGGAGCGCCUCAUGGUGAUCUGUGGCGAAGAGGCCGCGCUGCGGAAGGCGGCCAGCGAGAUCCUCGAGAAAAUCCAGCAGGAUGCGCACCUGGAGGAGCACAUGACAAUGACGUACACGCAAGAAGUGCCAAUGGGUAUCUGGACUGGAGAAAGCAACGAACCAGCAGACCCAGAGUACCCUUUGAUGCCACCGGAGGAGGCUCAGACCAAAACCAAACGAGAACUCAUCGAUUAUCUAAGUCGUGCCGCUCCACGAGAUGUUUUGGCAAGAAUGAAAUUGCUGGGUGAUAUCAAGAAUGCCGUGAAGAGCACAGGGCAACCAGGUCUUCUCGCUGCCGUGCAGGACGUUUGGGUUUCUCGUGGCGGUCUUCAGCUUUGCUCGGAGCCCGUCGAGAGGCCAGAGCUGCCACCGCAACCGGCUGCAGAUGGACAACCCCAACCGCUUCAGCCAGGUCUCUUGCAGGAGACCCGGCAGGCGAUCAGAACGGGGAAGUCCAUGGAAGUCCAGGACCAAUCAGUGGACUUGGUCUUUGAGGAUGAGAGCCCCAGCGACGACUCUGUCACCGAUGUCGACGUCUACGUGGCUUCGGGUCUGGAGGUGGAAGAGGAGCGAGUGGAGGUCAUGGAGACCGACGAGGUGAAGCAUCACGAUGGACCGGUGGCUGACUUCGUGCAGCAAGCAGAGAAUCUGGCGUUGCAAAAUUACGCCAAGAUGCCGCCCAUGGGACACAGACCACGAAGCGAGGCUCCAAGAAGCUCCACGGCAGACGCGGAAGCGGAGCCACCGGAGCCACCGCAGUCGCAGCCGCUUCACGUGCUUGGAGUUGCGCUGCAGAAACUGGACGGAGAUGAAGACAGAUCCCCUGAGAAUCGGAGCCAGGACCUAGGCCAACCCGAAGAAGAGCCACGUUGUGCGCACAUUCUACCUGUGGGUCCAGUUGGCACCCCACUCCCUACUGCGCAAUUCCCUGAAGAUGAGGUUGAUGAGGAAGGUCUGUUGGAAACCUUCCAGAUCUUUGUGAGUUUGUUCGCGAAGUGUUUCCUCCAGCAGCAGACAGCGUCAGAAGAGUAUUGCGAAGAAGUUCGGGAACAAAUUGUGCCUCCCAGCGCUGGUCCGCAGAGCUUAAGGGAUCAACGGCUCAGCAACCAGGAUCAGCUUAGCCUCGCUAGCGCAGACAUUCAAAGUUCUGUCCCACCUUGUAUUCAAGUGCCUCCCCAAACAACGUCAAGUUGUAGCAGCACAGCGGGUGAAGCUUUGGAAGAAGUAAAGAGUCGGCAUAAGCAGUUCCUCUGCGGGCCACACGAUGAUGGAAAGGCUCAUUGUCAGCUGGUGGUGGGCUGA